AUGCUCCCACCUUUUCUACCUGAUGACGUCAGCGGCCUCAUGCCCGAGUUGCGAGAAUUAGCUGUUCACCAUCGAAGGCCAGAGUCAUUACUGUCGAGGGGUAAUCCGGAUGACCGUGCCAGCGAUUUCAGAAUUUUCGUUCAAGGUACUCUCAAGCGUUACCAGAUGUUCCACAUCAAGGAUGCCGUUGCGACCCACAUAGAAAAAUACAAAUUUCUAAACACCUUGGAGCUUGGCGCGAUAGAACACGCGGCUUACAUGGUAGAAGAUGUCCUUCUCAACAUCGUCGCCAAGGUCCACGACACUGAAAAGGUGAUGUCGUACUGCAAGAUGCUGUUGCGUUCGACGGACCCCGAUGUGAUUCGUCACCGUAAUCUAUACAAGAGGCAAAUCGAAGAGUCACAAGAACAGCACAAAAUCAUGAAGGAAACACAGAAACGUUACUACAAGGAUGCCGCGAACCUCUGGGCCCUAUUAUCAGAGGAGACGAUGCGGUUGCCGCUGGGCGCGUGCCAGAACCCGCCGAAAACGAGCCUGAUGCAGCUGGACAGGCAGAACAGUGAUAGUGGAGACUUCGGUGAUGAGACGGCUCAAAAGAUUGAAACUAUCUUCUUUGGUAUUCUGCUCACGGAAUAUCACAAGGCUCUUGUGAAGAAAGCUACUUUGACCUCAAUGGUUUUGUCUUCCUUAUCAUUGAAUGAAAAAAACAGAUACAAACAAGAUGGAAAUUCUAUGGACUCAAAUACACCAUGUCUUCCCAAAAUUCGAAGCAAGAUUUAA